AAUUUUCGUCGUCUUCUUCGUCCUACUCUCAUCGUCGUCAUGUUCAACGCUGUUACGAGAUCGGCUGCCGGGGUUUUAAAGGGCCUUAAACCCUCGAAAACUCCCCAACUUCUCCAAAAUGAGGCAACUACAAUCCUUGGAGCCCUCACUGGGACCUCCUACGCCACAGCAGCAGCCAAGCCAGCAGCAGACUCAGGCUCCAAGGGCAGGAUUGUGGCUGUCAUUGGUGCCGUUGUAGACGUUCAAUUUGAAGGCACCCUCCCUCCCAUCCUCAAUGCCCUGGAGGUCAAGAACAGGAGCCCACGAUUGGUGCUUGAGGUUGCUCAGCAUCUGGGAGAGAGCACAGUGAGGACCAUUGCCAUGGACGGUACAGAGGGUCUGGUGCGAGGCCAUGAAGUUCUGGACACUGGAUACCCCAUCAGGAUCCCUGUAGGAGCCGAGACAUUGGGCAGGAUCAUGAACGUUAUCGGUGAGCCCAUUGAUGAGAGGGGCCCCAUCAACACAGACAAGUACGCAGCCAUUCACGCAGACGCGCCAGAGUUUGUGGACAUGAGUGUCGAACAGGAGAUCUUGGUCACUGGCAUCAAGGUCGUCGACCUCCUUGCCCCCUACGCCAAGGGAGGAAAGAUUGGUCUGUUUGGAGGAGCUGGUGUUGGCAAGACUGUAUUGAUUAUGGAGUUGAUCAACAACGUAGCCAAGGCCCACGGAGGUUACUCUGUGUUUGCUGGAGUCGGAGAGAGGACCCGAGAGGGUAACGACUUGUACCAUGAAAUGAUUGAGUCUGGAGUCAUCUCCCUGAAGGACAAGACUUCCAAGGUAGCGCUGGUGUACGGACAGAUGAACGAGCCCCCAGGCGCCCGUGCCCGUGUGGCUCUCACUGGACUGACUGUGGCUGAGUACUUCCGUGACCAGGAAGGACAGGACGUGCUGCUGUUCAUUGACAACAUCUUCCGCUUCACCCAGGCCGGUUCUGAGGUGUCCGCCCUGCUGGGUCGUAUCCCCUCCGCUGUGGGUUACCAGCCCACCCUGGCCACUGACAUGGGUACUAUGCAGGAGAGAAUCACCACCACCAAGAAGGGAUCCAUCACCUCUGUGCAGGCCAUCUACGUGCCAGCUGAUGACUUGACUGACCCUGCUCCUGCCACCACCUUCGCUCACUUGGACGCCACCACUGUACUGUCUCGAGCCAUCGCUGAGCUGGGUAUCUAUCCCGCUGUGGACCCUCUUGACUCCACCUCCCGUAUCAUGGACCCCAACGUCAUCGGUGCCGAGCACUACAACAUCGCUCGUGGAGUACAGAAGAUCUUGCAGGACUACAAGUCCCUGCAAGACAUCAUCGCUAUCCUGGGUAUGGACGAGUUGUCAGAAGAAGACAAGCUGACAGUCGCCCGAGCUCGUAAGAUCCAGAGGUUCCUGUCCCAGCCCUUCCAGGUGGCUGAGGUGUUCACUGGCCACGCUGGCAAACUGGUACCCCUCGAGGAGACCAUCAAGGGAUUCUCCAAGAUCCUGGCUGGAGAGUACGACCAUCUCCCUGAGGUAGCCUUCUACAUGGUUGGACCCAUCGAGGAGGUCGUGGCCAAGGCGGAAACACUCGCCAAGUCCACCUAAGUUAAUUAGUCCGCAUUUGCUUACUGAAGACUCUUCAGCAUCUGUUAUUUUCACCAUGUGAAUGUUAAAGAAGAGAGUAGACAAGAAAGUUAACUGAUGUCCGUAAUUCCAUUACGAUUAUGUAAAAUUCUACACUACAAAAUUUAAUUUUAAGUUUACAAGAUUCUGUUGUAUAUUUCCAUAAGCAAUCGAAUGAAUUGUACUGUAUUUGUUACUUUAUAUGUUAUUAAACCUGAAAACAACCUUU